AUGCAGGCACCAGUAGUGAUCAUGAACACCUCGCAGGAGCGGGCGACAGGCCGUGAGGCGCAGGUGUCGAACAUCACGGCAGCGAAGGCGGUUGCAGACGUGAUUCGGACGUGUCUGGGUCCAAAGGCGAUGCUGAAGAUGCUACUCGACCCGAUGGGGGGCCUAGUAUUGACGAACGAUGGACACGCGAUCUUGCGGGAGAUCGACGUGGCGCACCCUGCAGCCAAGUCGAUGCUGGAGCUGUCGCGGACGCAGGACGAGGAGGUCGGGGACGGAACGACGACGGUGAUCAUUUUGGCGGGGGAGAUUCUCGCGCAAUGCGCGCCGUACAUCCUGGAGAAGAACAUCCACCCGGUGAUCAUCAUCCAGGCGCUGAAGCGCGCGCUGGCAGACGCGCUGGAGGUGGUGCGGGAUGUGAGCAAGCCAGUGGACGUGGAGAACGAGAAGGCCAUGAAGGAGCUGAUCCAGGCCGCGAUCGGCACGAAGUACGUGAGCCACUGGUCCGCCAAGAUGUGCGAUCUUGCAUUGGCCGCAGUGCGCACCGUGCGCGUGGAUCUCGGCAAGGACGUGAUGGGCGAACAGCAAUACGAGAUUGAUACCAAGCGCUACGUCCGUGUCGAGAAGAUCCCAGGUGGAGAUGUUGUUGACUCGCAGGUGCUGAACGGUGUGAUGCUGAACAAGGAUGUUGUUCAUCCGAAAAUGGCCCGCCGGGUGGAAAAGCCGCGCGUGGUAUUAUUGGACUGCCCUCUGGAAUACAAAAAGGGCGAAUCGCAGACGAAUAUUGAGAUCACAAAGGAAGAAGACUGGAACCGGAUCUUACAGAUUGAGGAAGAGCAGAUUCAGUGGAUGUGUGAACAGAUUCUUGCGGUGAAGCCCACUGUUGUCAUAACUGAAAAGGGAGUCUCCGACUUGGCUCAGCACUUUUUGUUGAAGGGGGGGUGCAGUGUCCUCAGAAGAGUGAAGAAGUCCGACAACAACAGAAUUGCCAGGGUCACUGGUGCCACUAUUGUAAACCGUGUUGAGGAUCUGAAGGAAACCGACGUUGGCACGAAGUGCGGUGUGUUCAAAGUGGAACUGAUUGGUGAUGAGUAUUUCACCUUCCUUGAUGAAUGUGAGGAGCCAAAGGCUUGCACGAUCAUGCUAAGAGGCUCUUCGAAGGAUAUACUAAAUGAAGUUGAGCGUAACUUGCAGGAUGCAAUGGCCGUGGCUCGGAAUGUAAUGCUCGCUCCUUCGUUGUCUCCUGGCGGAGGUGCAACUGAAAUGGCGGUUUCUGUGAAGUUGGCCGAGCGUGCGAAGCAACUGGAAGGCAUUCAGCAAUGGCCAUACCAGGCCGUAGCAGAUGCCAUGGAAUGUAUACCACGUACUCUGAUCCAGAAUGCCGGAGGCAACCCUAUCAGAGUUCUAUCUCAACUAAGAGCACAGCAUGCACAAGGAAACCAUACCUGUGGUAUCGAUGGUGACGCCGGUAAGGUUGUUGACAUGGUUGAAUACGGUAUAUGGGAGCCGGAGGUAAUUAAACAACAGAGCAUUAAGACCGCUAUAGAAAGUGCUUGUCUUCUACUAAGAGUCGAUGACAUUGUCAGCGGUGUCAGGAAGCAAGAGCAGUAG